ACUGCUCUCUCUAUCUCUCUCUAUCUCUCUUUUCUUUUUCUUGUUUUGUUUCUUCAAAUUGCAAAAGCAAAAAUCAAAGCUUUCUUUCCAGCUUUAAGAAGAGACUCACCAACAAUCUCUCUCACCCAACUUCUUUUUUAACCCUCUCACUAAAUCCUACUAAUCUACAAACCCUAUCUCUCAUUUCACUCCUUACAUUCAUCCUAUGUAUCUUAUAUAUACUCAAUAAAGUUUCUAUCUUUCUUCUAAUUUAGCUAAAUCGAGUUUUUACUUUCUGGGUUUAUUUGAGUGGACUCAAAAGCUCAAAGCUUAAGAGAAACGCCAAUUCCAAUUUCAUCAUCAGCCCUAUUGCUAAUCUGCGCCAUCUUCUUUACUUCAAGUUUUCUUCUUUGGGCUUGCUUCAAAAUCAAAGAAAGGCGCAACCUUUAUCCUUUUUCUCCGUUUUCUUCCGCUCUAAGCAGAUGAUUACUCGAAAGGGCAAGAGGGUUUAGACGCUACAUUGUAAGGUGGGAGUUUGUGAGAAAAGGGACCAAAGAUGUCAUCUGAGAAUCCUUUGAGCGCUGAGAUGUCCAAGAAGAUCUCUGUGUUUGGUUUGACGGAUGUGAAACUGUGGGUGUUGGUUUGUUUGAUAGUUGGCACAUUCCUAGCUUUGGUUCUAUGUAUCUUAUCUAUAUGGAUUGCAUCCCGGCGAAAAUCACGGAGACCAUCUCACAAGAUGUUACCUUUCAGUCAAAUACCAGGCAUGGCGAAAGAUAUCAGGGUUGAUGAUAGAGUUGGGUUUCAAAACCACAAUGAUAAUUUAUCUAUUACAGUUGCUGAUAAACCGAGUGAUAGAAACUCAGGGAAGAUGAUGUCUUACUUGGGGAGAACCAAGUCUAGUGAUAAUGAUAGUGUAAGCCAGAGUAGCUCUGUGCAUCAUCAUGAGAGAGCUUGUAGUUCUCACUCCGGCGAAGAAGGAAGCUUUGGAGCCGCUUGGAGACAAGCUUCCCUUUCGCAGGGAGGGCUUGUAACAGCAUCUCCUUUGGUUGGUUUGCCGGAAAUAUCUCAUCUUGGUUGGGGACACUGGUUUACUCUUAGGGAUCUUCAGCUAGCCACCAAUCGUUUUGCUGCUGAGAAUGUGAUCGGUGAGGGUGGUUAUGGAGUAGUUUAUAAAGGUAGACUCAUCAACGGUAAUGUUGUUGCUGUAAAGAAGCUUCUGAACAACCUGGGACAGGCUGAGAAGGAGUUCCGGGUUGAAGUUGAGGCUAUUGGUCAUGUACGGCACAAGAAUCUUGUAAGGCUUCUAGGAUAUUGCAUUGAGGGUGUUCAUAGGAUGCUUGUUUAUGAGUAUGUGAAUAGUGGUAACUUAGAACAAUGGCUACAUGGAGACAUGGGGAAACAUAGCACUCUCACUUGGGAGGCACGCAUGAAGAUCCUUAUCGGUACUGCACAAGCGCUUGCAUAUUUGCAUGAAGCAAUAGAACCGAAAGUAAUCCACAGAGACAUAAAAGCAAGCAAUAUCCUGAUUGAUAAUGACUUCAAUGCAAAGCUUUCAGAUUUUGGGUUAGCCAAGCUCUUAGACUCGGGUGAGAGUCACAUCAAUACCAGAGUGAUGGGCACAUUUGGGUAUGUAGCACCUGAAUAUGCUAACACAGGUCUGUUAAACGAGAAGAGUGAUGUCUAUAGCUUUGGUGUCCUGCUUCUGGAAGCUAUAACUGGAAGAGAUCCAGUUGACUAUGAACGUCCUGUUAAUGAGGUGAAUCUUGUUGAAUGGCUAAAGAUGAUGGUUGGUACAGGAAGAGCUGAAGAAGUUGUUGAUCAGAGGAUUGAGCCUAAACCGGCUACACGUGCACUGAAACGUGGACUUCUUGUUGCACUGAGAUGUGUAGAUCCCGAGUCAGAGAAACGACCCAAGAUGAGCCAGGUUGUGCGGAUGCUUGAAUCAGAUGACAACCCUUUUCGUGAGGAGCGGAGGAAUAGAAAGAGUAGAACAGCGAGUAUGGAGAUAGUCGAGGCCACAGAGGAAUCAGCUGAGUCUAGCAAACGGCCUGGUCACUCACAGAGCCACGCUACAAAACCUGAGAAGACUCAUUAAAAGGAAACCUGAUGGCACAUGAGUUUCUUCGUGGUUGUGGAGAAACAAAACAGAAGGGCUGUUUCAAACAUCGGGCGAGUAACUGAUGAUGCAAUCUAAUCUAAGGAAGCCAAAUAUAUUUUUGAUGAUAGAGAAGCCUUUUUGCCUCUCUCGAACUUUGUGAUCUUUGGUUCUUCUUAAACUCGGAGUCUGGCUGUUAGGAUGUUAAACCUUUAGCCAUAGCAGAUUUGUUGUUGUACUAUGAAUCGAAUCUAUUUGUCAUC